AGUAACACCGCACGACUCCCAUUAAGCAGCAGGAUGGUUCUCUGUGCACUGAGGCCACAGCUUCUGAAAAGCAGCACAAGUGUUGGAGCCUGGGGCAGGUUGCUGCAGAGACAGAGCAGUGGCAGUGUGUACUCCAACAUCCAUGGCUUCAACCAGGAGGAGAUCAGAGAGAAGCUCCUGGCUUUUCCCGGAGGGUCCAUUGAUCUUCACAAACACGACUCUGGUAUAGCUGUGCUCACCAUCAACAACCCAUCCCGCAUGAAUGCCUUCUCUGGCAGUAUGAUGGUGGAUCUGGAGGAACAGGUGAGGCAGCUGGAGAACUGGAUGGAUGGCAAAGGCCUCAUUGUCCAGGGAGCUGCUGAAACUUUCUGCUCUGGAUCAGACCUCAAUGCUGUCAGGGCGAUAUCUAACCCACAGGAUGGGAUGAAGAUGUGUAUGUUCAUGCAGAAUACUCUUACAAGGCUACUGAGGCUGCCACUGAUCUCUGUUGCUCUGGUGGAGGGAAGAGCGCUGGGAGGAGGUGCAGAACUCACCACUGCCUGUGAUUUCAGAUUAAUGGCAUCUGACAGCGUGAUCCAGUUUGUCCAUAAACACAUGGGACUGGUCCCAGGCUGGGGCGGCGCUGCACGACUUGUCCACAUUGUUGGAAGCCAGAAUGCACUAAAGCUCCUUGGUGGCACUCUGAAAGUGGACCCCAAAUUUGGCCUGCAGAUUGGACUGGCAGAUGGAGUCCUGGAGGGCCCCCAGGCAGAGGAGGGUGCAGAGACUCCCCUACAACAGGCUGAAAACUGGCUCAGUCGCUAUAUAAAAGGACCUGCCCCUGUGAUUCAGGCUGUGAAGAAGGUGGUGUUGUCAGGGAGAGAGCUCCCUCUGUCUGAGGCUCUGAGGACUGAGAAGGAUGUGUUUGGGACAGUGUGGGGCGGUCCAGCUAACCUGCAGGCUCUGGCCAGCAAGUCCAAACACAAAUGAAGUGUCUCUCUUCAGUACCUUUUAGAGCAUCUCAGAUCAGCAAAGAUCAGUGAUAUUUGUAAGAUGUCACACAGAGAAAUGCUACAGCUCCUCUGGGGAUAGACCGACUCCUGAUUGACAUUACUGAACUGACUGGUGGCACAUUUACAUCGUAAUACAUUGUGUAACUUUUAAGAUCCUUUUAUGUAAUAAGUUGAAUGAUGUGUCUAAAAUGUGGACUGACUUUGGUGUGGGACUUUGCUAUGAUAAAGGUAUUUUUCUUUGGUCCAUAGAAAAAAGACAAUAAAUCUUUUUAUUUCAGUAAAUUGGAUUCUGAUGAUAUGGGAUUGCUAAUUAUCACUUUCUGAAAUUGCUUGGGUUGUCUUUUGUUUGGUAUCUCUCAGUGUGAUAUUAUGCCGACUCAUUAGCCAACACAAGUGUAUGAGCUGAGACACUAGUGCAUAAACCGAUGCUGAAAAUGUGCUUUUUUUGUCAUAUAAACAGUACAUCUCCUCUUCCUUUGAGGGUGUGUUUUACAAACUGGAUUCUGCUGUUACCUGUUCACAAAAAAUGACAGCACUUGUGGCGUAGUGUCAGCUGAACUAAAAAUCUUGUUUCAGUGAUACUGUGUAGACUGAUACUGCAUAAGGACUUCUUUUGUUUAGA